AUGUCGACCAUGUCGUUGAACGAGAGGCUCGACAAGAUUCGGUCGCAGCCCAAGCUGUCGGGCAUGCAGCAGACGGCUGUCGUGCUCGGCGCAGUCGAAGACACUCUGCGCGCACAGAAUGCCGAACAAACACCCACGGCCUACUUUGCCGCCCUCUUAUCGCUGUUGGCGCAGUUCGAUAUGGCCAACAAGGAAGUCGCUUACGCCGUCAUAUACCUCCUCGACCUCGUCACNCCCCACGUUCCCGCACCGCUGUUGCGCUCCAAGUUCAGCCAGAUCCUAGGCAGUCUCGCCCCCACCCUCACACACCCGGAAGCAGAGGCCCCGUUGUUGCGCUCGAGUAUCGGAUGUCUGGAAUCGCUGCUGGUCGCACAAGACGCCCAAGCCUGGGCCCUUCCCGCCUCAUCGCUCAGUCCUCGUCGUGCAGUCGCUGGUCUGCUUGGUCUUGCCGCCGACCACCGUCCCAAGGUCCGCAAGCGAGCUCAGGAUGCUCUCACAACCGUUCUCAAGAACCCUCCGCCUAGCCCUUCGCUCGAUCACCCGGCUUCCGACAUGGCUGCCGAGACGUCGAUGCGCUUGCUCCAGGACGCUGCCGAGAAGUCUGCAAAAGCCAAGAAGGCAAAGAAGGGAGCAAAGGAACAAGAGAAUGACCCUGCUUUGAUGCACGCGCUACAGCUCGUUAAGGUCAUUGCCACUGCUGCAAAUGGAUGGCCCUCGCGCAAGAUUGACUCGCUGUGCGAGCUUUUGCUCGCCAUCUCAAAGUCGAGCCACGAAUUCCUCGUUAUGUCGGCUUUCGAGGUCUUUGAGAUCAUCUUCGCUGGUUUGGCCAACGAGGUUUCUGCUGCAAAAUUGCCCCGUCUGUUAGAGGUCAUUGGUGAGCUCCAGCCUUCACAGAACGACUCGCAACUCCUGCCUCCUUGGAUCGCCGUCAUCUCGAGAGGAUACGAUGUCGCCGCUCAACUCGACCCCGAGGAAACUUUCGCAAAACUACCCACGCUAUUCACCCAGGUCUCCGCCUUCCUCACCUCCUCCUCUCACAACAUUCGUAUCUCGGCCUCGGAGUGUCUGAUAUCUUUCCUCAACACCUGCGUUCCUGACUCUGUUCUCCUUGAGCCUUCAAUCUACGACGAGAAGGUCUUUGAGAAUCUCGGAAACCAGGUCAACGACCUUCUCAGCAUCAAGUACCAAUCUGCCUGGAUGGAGGUCUUUUCCGUCAUUGGUGCCAUGUUCGACACACUGAAGUGGCGCUCCCAGGGCAUCUUAACUACUGCUGUCAAGACUGUCGGUGAUCUCCGUGGAAACGAUUCGUUUUCUGGGAAGAAGGAGGCAGAUGCUGUUCUCGGAAAGGCCAUUACCGCAAUGGGUCCUGACAAUGUGCUUGACAUUCUACCCCUGAACUUGACUAAGCCCGUUCCUGGACAACCUGGACGUGCCUGGAUGCUCCCUAUCCUCCGUGACUCUGUCAGAAACACUCGCCUCGCUCACUUCCGUGCCGAGCUCGUUCCCCUCAGUGAGGCCAUGUUCCAGCGUGUUCUGAACCAUGGCGCUGCUGAGAAGACCAUGGAGAUCAAGAUCUUCGAGACCAUCGUUCAACAAAUCUGGGCCACUCUUCCUGGAUACUGCGAUCUUCCUCUGGAUGUGACCGAGGCAUUUGACCAGACCUUUGCCGAGAUGGUCGCCAACCUCCUCUACUCACAGCCCCAGCUCCGUACAGAACUCUGCAGAGCUCUCCAGAACAUGGUCGAGUCCAACCAGACUGUUGUUUCGAUUGAGGGAGAGGAGGAUCUUGUUAUGCAAGGUAGAGUUUCCAAGGCUGAUGCACAGAAGAACAUCCAACAUCUUUCCGGUCUUGCUGGAAACAUUCUUGCUGUCCUGUUCAACGUCUACAGUGAGACUUUGCCCCAGUACCGUGGUAUCAUCCUACAAGCCAUCAACGCCUACCUCAGCAUUACCCCCGAGGCAGAACUGAUGGAGACUUUCACCCGUGUCGCUUCUAUGCUUGAGUCAUCUCUGGGUGAAAGCGGACCCCAAACACAAGCCGAUAAGCAGAAGGAGACCAAGGGUCCCAACAAGAUGCCUCCCAUGUCUCACACUCUCAUGGAUCUGGUCAUUACGAUUUCCAUCUACCUUCCCCGUGACAGUUUUGCCGGACUUUUCAACAUGGCUGCCAUCAUCGUCAACAACGACUCCGACCCGCAACUACAAAAGAAGGCCUACAAGCUGAUUCCCCGUCUUGCCGAGUCAGAGUCUGGUCGUGCAGCUAUCCUUGAGCGCAACUCUGAUUUGCAGCAACUCCUUCUCCAGGCUGGUCCCAAGGCCGCUGCACCUUCUCGUCGCGACCGCCUGACUGCCAUUUCUCAAAUAAUCCCCGCUCUACCCAAGGAAGACCUCCACUUUAUUCCCUCUAUCCUGUCCGAAGUUGUCAUUAGCGCAAAAGAAGUCAACGAAAAGGCACGCACUGCUGCUUUCGAUCUUCUCGUCCAGAUGGGCGAGAAGAUGGCUGAAGGUGGUACCGUCGUCAACGCAAAGGUCCCUCACAUGCCCGACGAUGCCGCUCCCGUAGAAGCCAGUCUCGAAGAAUACUUCACCAUGGUUUCUGCCGGUCUCGCCGGUUCCACUCCUCACAUGAUUUCCGCCUCCAUCACCGCUCUCGCCCGUCUCCUCUACGACUUCCGCAACACCCUUUCUGAGCCUGUCAUCCUCGAUCUCGUCCAGACAAUGGACCUCUUCCUCACAUCCGCCAAUCGCGAAAUCGUGCGCUCAUGUCUUGGUUUCGUCAAAGUAUGCGUGCUGUCUCUGCCUACGGAUCUCAUGCGUCCCCGUCUGGCAACGCUCAUCCCCAAUCUUAUGGUCUGGAGUCACGAACACAAAGCCCACUUCAAACUUAAAGUCAAGCACAUCUUCGAACGUAUGAUCAAGCGCUUUGGCGUGGACAUUGUCGAAAAGCACUGCCCCGAAGAAGACAAGAAACUCAUUGCCAACAUCCGCAAAUCGCGCGACCGCGCAAAGAGAAAGAAGGAAGCCGGCAAAGACGACCCCGACGCCGAAAACGAGGACGCAACCACCACCCGCAAGGGCAAAUUCGAAUCAGAGUACGACGAGCAAGUCUACGGCAGCGACGAAGAAGACUCUGGCUCCGACAUUUCCGACGACGAAGUGCUGGGUCGCUCGGCAGCAAAGGGCCGCAAAGCCAAGGCACAAGGCGGCAACACCUUCAUCGUCGAAGACGAAGACGAGCCCCUCGAUCUCCUCGACCGCAAAGCCCUCGCCAACAUCUCAUCCACCGUNCCCUCAAAAUCGCGCUCCGCACCCGCAACCCGCAAACCCGCAAAGAUGGACCUGGACGGCAAACUCGUCUUCAACGACGCCGACUCGGACGACGAAGUCAUGGAAUUCGACGAUGCAGGAAACUCUGCAAGUCUCGAAGACGGCAUCAACGCCUACGUGGAAGCCAUCAAAGGCAGAGACGCAGCCAUCCGCGGUAGAGGCGGCAAGCUCAAGUUCAAGAACCGUGGCAACAAGGACGCCGCCGACGACGACGGCGACGAAAUGGAAAUCGACGCCAAAGAACUCGCCGACGCGCGCGCAAAACCCCAACGAAGAAGCCUGGGCGGCGAGCGUGGAUCAUCCGGUCCUCGCGGCGGCAGAGGCGGCAGCAGAGGUGGUUUCUCGCGCGGCGGCGGUAGAGGAGACUCGCGCGGCGGCUCUGGAUUCCGCGGCGGACGUGGCGGUAGCGGUAGAGGCGGAUUUGGCGAUCGCGGUGGCAGGGGCGGUUCUUCCCGUGGCGGUGGCUCUCGUGGCUCCUUUGGCGAUCGUAGAGGCGGUGGUCAUGGUGGUGUCAACAAGGGCCGUUUUGCACCCAAGGGUCAGGGCCAGAGAGAUGAGAACCGCAACCGAGCCAGCAGAGCUUAG